CGAACCCGUCGAGCCCCCGGAGUUUCGCCGCCUUUCGCUUCCUCGCCGUCCGCCGCGAGGCGCGACCUCCGUCCCUCCCCAACGCCGCAAAUUCGCAAUAAACCAACCCCCUCGCGGAAGGCGCUGCUCCGGAGAGGGCGAGGUUAAAGUAGCGCCGUCUUUGGAAACCGCCCCGCCGUCGGAAGGGGGGGACGGAGGAAGACGAGAAGGGGGUCGGUCGGUGGCCGCUCGGCUCUUUCCCACCGCCGCGUAAUCGCGUCCCUCGGCCCGCAGGCCCCGCCGGCAGGUUCCGCUUCGGACGGCCAGAGUUGGAUCUUCAAUGGCCGGAGAAAAAACGAGGAAGGGGUUGAAAUGAAUAUGAAUGCUAUCCUAGAAGAGAUUCUGAUUAAAAGGUCUCAACAAAAGAAAAGGACAUCGCCUUUAAAUUAUAAAGAGAGGCUUUUUGUGCUCACAAAAUCCAUGUUAGCCUACUACGAAGGUCGUCCCGAGAAAAAGUACAGAAAAGGAUCGGUUGACAUUUCCAAAAUCAAAUGCGUUGAGACAGUAAAGAAUGAGGAUAUUGUUAUACCUUGUCAAAAUAAAUAUCCAUUUCAGGUUGUCUACGAUAAUAGCACCCUUUAUAUUUUUGCCCCCACUGCUCAUAGUAGGGAUCAGUGGGUAAGAAACUUAAAAGAAGAAAUAAAGAGUAAUAAUAAUAUAAUGGUUAAGUAUCAUCCUAAAUUCUGGACAGAUGGAAUCUAUCAAUGUUGCCGGCAGACUGAAAAACUGGCACCUGGCUGUGAAAAGUAUAAUCUCUUUGAAAAUGGAGUUAAAGCUGUACCUUCAUCAAGGACAGAUAAACAUAAGUUUCAGAGAAGGCCUCCACCUCCUGUUCCUCCAGAAGAAGAAGAGGAAGAAGAAGAAGAAGUGGUAAUAGCCAUGUACGAUUUUGAGCCCACGGAACUUCAUGAUUUGAGAUUAGAAAGAGGUCAAGAAUAUAUCGUAAUUGUAAAAAAUGACAUCCAUUGGUGGAAAGCAAAAGAUAAAUAUGGAAGCCAAGGAUAUAUUCCAAGCAAUUAUGUAACAGGAAAGAAGUCCAACAGUCUGGAGCAAUAUGAGUGGUACUGCAGAAAUCUGAAUAGAAGUCAGGCAGAGCAGCUUCUCAGAAAUGAGGAUAAAGAAGGGGGGUUUAUGGUGAGGGACUCCAGCCAACCAGGUUUAUAUACGGUAUCACUUUACGCAAAAUUUGGAGGAGAAGGGCUAUCUGGCAUAAGACACUACCAUAUAAAAGAAACAAUGACAUCACAAAAGCAAUAUUAUUUGGCGGAAAAGCAUCUUUUUGACUCCAUUCCAGAGUUAAUUGACUAUCAUAAACACAACGCUGCAGGGCUUGUGACGAGGCUACGAUACCCAGUGACUCCAAAAGUGAAACCUUCACCAACUACUGCUGGAUUCAGCUAUGAGAAAUGGGAAAUCAAUCCUGCAGAACUCACCUUUAUGCGAGAACUGGGCAGUGGCCUCUUUGGCGUAGUGCGGCUGGGCAAAUGGAGAGCCCAGUACAAAGUAGCCAUCAAGGCCAUCCGAGAAGGUGCCAUGUAUGAAGAGGACUUUAUAGAAGAAGCUAAAGUGAUGAUGAAGUUGACGCAUCCGAAAUUAGUCCAGCUAUAUGGCGUUUGUACCCAGCAGAGGCCUAUCUACAUAGUGACGGAGUUUAUGGAGCAUGGCUGUCUUCUAAAUUAUCUUCGCCAAAGACGUGGCCACUUUACUAAAGACAAUCUGCUGACUAUGUGUCAGGAUGUCUCUGAAGGAAUGGAAUACUUGGAGAGAAAUAGCUUCAUACACAGAGAUUUGGCUGCUAGAAACUGCUUAGUGAAUGAGUCAGGAGUGGUGAAAGUAUCUGAUUUUGGAAUGACAAGGUAUGUUCUUGAUGAUCAGUACACCAGCUCUUCAGGCGCUAAAUUUCCUGUGAAGUGGUGUCCGCCUGAAGUUUUCAAUUACAGCCGAUUCAGCAGCAAGUCUGACGUUUGGUCUUUUGGAGUUCUCAUGUGGGAAGUGUUUACGGAAGGGAAGAUGCCCUUUGAGACAAACACAAACUACGAAGUGGUGACUAUGAUUACACAAGGACACCGGCUAUUUCGACCCAAGCUAGCUUCUAAGAAUAUUUAUGACUUGAUGGUAAUGUGCUGGCAUGAGAAACCAGAAGGACGUCCUACAUUUCAGGAUCUCCUGCAUAGGAUUGAAUGUAUAGCUGAAGACUCUUCAUCCUGACUAUAAGCUUGGCAGGUGCAAGAAUUCACAAUAAGGACAAUAUCAUUUCAGAGAUGCUGCUGGAUUCUUGCCAGAGACAGUCCUGGAUGCUGCUUAGAAGGACCGUGGGAAGACAAGGCAAUUGUCCAUAUUGCUCCUUCGUCUCUGGAAUAAGUUUUACCCACAUAAUUUAAAGUCCAUUUGGCUAUGCAAACAGUAUUGUUAUCAAGCGGACCAAUGUGUGGUUUUCCUGAGAGGGGAAAAUGCCCAUAUGUAGCAGGAUAAAGCUAUGUACAACAUUGUCCAAAUUCAGCAC